CAUUAAAAUUCUUACUAUAGCUAAUUUGGAUCAUAAACAAUCAAACGAAUGGGAGCAAUUGUGGCCUUGAGAAGUACAGAAACAUAGGUUACAUAUGUGGAUAAUUUGCUAAAACAUCAAGCUAUGCAGAAAAGCCUCAAGAGGAACAAUAAUUCAAGAGUUUCUGGCAUAAAAUUGAAUUCUGUGGAUGCUGAGAAGGAAAAGAAAGAGAGUCAAAAGACCUUUGUUGAACUGUUGCCUCCAGAAGUCACUUUUAAAAUUUUCAGUCAGCUGGACAUUCGGAGUUUGUGCAGGGCUUCCAUAACUUGCAGGAGCUGGAAUUACACAGUAAGAAACAGUGACUCCUUAUGGAAACCUCAUUGCUUGACCUUAAGAGCUGUGUGCCAAAGAGAAGUAGACGAUGAUCUAGAAAGUGGAUAUUCCUGGAGAGUAAUACUACUGAGGAAUUACCAGAAGAGUAAAGUGAAACAUGAAUGGCUAAGUGGCAGAUACAGCAACAUAUGUUCUCCUCUUAGCCUACCAGAAAAAAUCAUGUACCCAAUGGAUGUAGAUACAUGGGGGGAAAUUCUAGAAGCAGAACUGGAAAGAUAAGCUGAAAAAUUACAAACACAUCUUGUAACUUUGAGAGUUUAAAACUAAAAUGAUUCUUAGGUUUGUUUUUUUGUUCGCCUUUUUAAUGUUUAACAUUCAAAAGAAAAUAUUGUAAAAGUCCAGCUUUGUUUUUAUUCUGCACUUUCAUAAAAAUUCUGGCUUUACUGUAAUGCAGAAAAAUCAUGAUAUGUUAUUUAUGUAAGAAAUACUAUACUGAUAGAGUGUUUUAAAUGUAUUGCUUCAUGUAUUUAUAUUAGUAUAUUGCAGUACUCUAAUGACAAAGGAGUUUGAUUGGUAUUUCCUGCUUAAUGGUAAUUCAAAAAUUCAGGAAACCAUAUGAAGAAACUGAUUAGUGAUUCAUUAAGUAGUAGACAUAACUAGGCUUAUAACUAGAAGUAGACAUAAUUAGCAAGACUACCUAAAAUGAAAUUAAUAGUAACAUGUUGAAAUGUAGAAUAUAAUAAAUUUAUAUUUUGAUAACUUUGAAAUGUCCAUUUCAGUGGCAUCAGAUUGAAUUGUCAAACACUGAGCCCAUUUUAAAAUGUGCUAAACUUGUGGUUUAGUUUAAAAUUAAUCUGACUGGAAGGCUGAAACUUGUGAGAUCAUGAUACCCAUUACUUGCCUACAGACCUAGAACUGCUCUCAGGGACAGCCAUCAGCACCGCCACACUGUUUUUCUUGGCAAACGCUUUCCAACAGCCUUACAGCACCAUCUAGUGUACUACU